AUGGCAACACUCACAACACAGAUCUUUGUUGGUGAUCUUCCAAAGGAUAUUGAUGAGAGCUUCCUUAAACAAUUCUUCGCCGAAUCCGGUGAAAUCAUUCCAAACUCCGGCAUCGUUCUCAAGAAACAUAAAACUCUUGACUCAUCAUUUGCCUUCGUUACAUUCGCUACACAUGAGCAAGCUGCUAAGGCUAUGAAGAACUUGAACUAUACAAAGCUUGAUGGAAGACCAAUCCGUAUUCUUUGGUGCGACACAGAGACAAAGGCCAUCAUCAAGUCAGGCAGAGGCUCUCUUUUCAUCAACGGUCUUGAUGAAAGCAUCGAAGUUUCACAGCUUCACGACGCUUUCUCUAACUUUGGCGAAAUCAUUUCAUGCAAGAUUCCAUUGACUGAUGGAAAGUCACGUGGUUAUGGCUACAUCCAGUUCAGGAACCCAGAAAACGCUGAGAAAGCUAAACUUGAACUUGCGGAUGCAUCAAUCAACGGCAAACCAAUCAAGAUUGACAACUACAACCGCAAGUCAAGACGCAAUCCAGAUGAAGAUUUCACAAACGUCUACAUCAAACCACUUCCAGUUGACCAAGUUAAGACAGACGAAGAUCUUCGUAAAAUCUUCGAACCAUUUGGUGAAAUUCAGAAUCCAAGUCUUAAGAAAGACGAAAACGGCAACUCGAAGGGUUUCGGUUUCUGCAACUUCAAAUUGCACGAAGAUGCAGUUAAAGCAGUCGAAGGUCUUAACGGCCAAGAAAUGUUUGGUGUCACUCUUCAAGUUAACCGUCUUAUGUCUAAGCGCGAGAAAGAGCUCUACAACAUCAAGAAACAUACAGAGAAAGUUGAGAAGUUUGCAGAAGAAACUAAUGGUCGUAACCUUUAUGUCAAGAGCUUCUCCAAGGAUGUCACCGAUAAAGAGUUCCAAGAAUACUUCUCUAAGUUCGGUGAAAUCGAGUUGUUCAAGAUCGAACGUGUUCCAGAGACUAAGGAGUCUAAGGGCUUCGGUUUUGUUCUUUACAAGAGUAAGGAAGAUGCACAGAACGCUAUUGAAAUGGCUAUGCUUGAACGUCUUCAUGGCGAUCUUCCAUACGUCGGCUUCUUCCAGACUAAAGCAGCUCACGAGCGUGUUAAAGUGAAGAACACCCAUCCACGUCCAUCCGCUGUUCCAGCAAUUGCAGGUAACUUGAUGGAGAACUCUAUGACAACCAUUGCAAGGCAAUAUCAACCAGUUGAAGACAACUCUCCAAAGGGCCAACUUAAACAGUUACUUCAGGAAAAGGGUGUUUUGGGUACAAAUCUUAAGCGUUUACUUUCAUCAGUUAGUGCAGAACAGGCCGUAAAUCUUGUUAAAGAACAAUCUAAGUUCGAAAUUUGGUACAGCCAUAACGCAAAUUAA